AUGAAGGCAACAACUGGAGAUCAAACACUUUGUGUUGAGUCGGUUACCGAAAAAGACCAAAAAGUCCGAAAUGUUGAACAUUCGGAAGUGCCGAUGGCAGAAAUAUUCAGAAUGAGCAAUAUCAUGGAACACACCGUGGUACUCCAACAGCAUACCAGUAUUCAAGGUGACAGUACUGAGCAGAUCAAAACGUUGUUGUCGAUGCAAACAUUUGAAGGGUCUUGGCUAUGGGAAGACGAAUUACUCUCGUCCCUUGGUCUCAUCUGUGACAUCGUAGCACAAACGAUGGAGGUUCAGGACACAAAGUCGUUGUCAGGAACACUUGCAGCAACUGCAUUGACUAUAAAGUAUUUUAAUAUAUAUUUGAAGGCAGACAUGGAUGUUUGGAAGUUGGAAGUCGAAAAGGCGAGAGCUUGGAUAGAUAGACAAGUAGGGCAAGUUAGACUAGCAGAACUUUUGAGCCAAGCUGAGGAGCUAAUUGCUUAA